AAGAGCAUUCGGGAUCGCACAAAAAAUGCUUCGAACGCGCAAAAUGUGAAUCGCAAAAUCGCGCGUUUCUCUCGGUGAAAAGCAAAAUCCUUCGACGUGAACCUGCAAAAAAUUGCAAAAAAAAAACAGUUUCAGGAUCAAUAGACGUGAUUUAUCGAUCGCACACACACAAACACCCCCAACAUGGCUGAUGACAAAGUUGUUGGUGACACCGCAACGGACCCUGCUGGCGAUACGGAGCUCAAAAAGCCCGAAAAUCUCGACAAAAGUGACGAAAUUAAGGCAAACGGCGAUGUAAAUGGCAUCACCGAAGUGCCGGAAACCAAAAUUGACGAGCCCAUGGAAGUAGAUGACGACGAACAACCCGAAAUUAGUACGUGUGACGUGGAAAAAGACACCCCGAAAGACUCCGAGGACCUUGCUGAAGCGAAAAAUGAUGAUCCCUUGGCAGCAACAGGCGACGAUCCGGUAAAGGAGUCUUCCGCAUCCGAGUCAAUGGAUGCCGAUUCGAGUCAGGACGCAAAAACAGCGGAAAAUGGCAAAGUUAAAAGUACAAAUGGAAGCGAAGAAGUGAUUCACAGCAUCGAUUCCGACUCCGAAGAGGAGGAUGAGGACGAAAUGGAGGCAAUGGAAGUCGAUGGACGUGUGCCAAAUGGCGCCGGAACGCACGAAGACGACGACAAACCAGUCAGUAUUGGAUCCGACAGCUCCGAGAGCGAAAGCGAAGAAAGUAGUCGACAAUCGUCGUCGCUAAAUCGCGCAAAAACCACAAACGGAGACAGUAAUGACGUCACCGAGAUCCUUUCGGACAAGGAAGAGGACUGCGUUUUGGUCGAAGAAUCGAAACCCACGUCUACCAAUCGACGUAAAAGUAAUUUGAAUGUGCGUCGCUUCGGGGGUUACGAUCAAAAUGACGACUCGAUGGAGGAGGAUCCGCUAAAUACGAGCAAUAAUGUUCUCACAGCGAGUUCGGCAAGUUCGUCGCCGGUUGCGUUCCAAAAAACGACACGAGAACCGCCUCCAUUGGUGAUGGUCGACACAAAUUCGCUGAUGAAGAACAAAUUGCCGUCAGCAGUUCCGGCACAAGGCACGUAUCCCUUAAGAACGAGUGGCGGCGCCAACGUCACGCCCAUCGCGAAACAGUCAAACGCGAAUAAUCAGCUGCUGCCUGCCUUGACAGACGACAUGUUUGUGUUGGAAGCUCCGUCGUUCAUCGUUCCUUACAUCUACGAGAAACCUCCCGCUGACCCGUUGAAGGAAGUUGUCGCGAAAAUCGCGAAAGAGGUCGAAGCGGAACGCGAAGCCGAAAAUCCAAGUGCCAAAGACGAAGACGAGAUCGAACGGGCGAAACGACUGUUGGAGGAGGAGGCGGAACGCGAAAAGAAACGCUCGAAACGCAAGGAAUCGAAGCGCAAGCAACAAGAUGACGACGACUGGGACGAGCUGGAUACCUCGGAUGAGGAUGACGAGAGCGACGGCGAAGGCGGCAAGACAAAAGUCCUCAUCAAAGACGUCGAAAAUGACAUUUCGCUCAUCAAGGAGCACAUUAUCACGCCGGAAAGUGUCAAAGACGCCAUCAUUAAUGCCGGCGCGAAGAAAGAUGACUUUUUCCAGAGUCCGCUGGGGAAAUUCUUCAUGGGCAUCGGAGUGAAUCUCGUACAGGAACACGUGCAAAAGGACUUGCUGCGACAACAGAAGCGAAAAUGCGAACGCGAAGGCAAUCAUCCUUCCGCAUCGACGCAAAUGGCGAUCAAUUCGCUCAUGAAAAACCUGGAUGCGAGCAAGGAAAAUAAUGCGCCCUUCAAAUUCGAGCUGAAACGAUGCGAAUAUUGCAAUUUCAAGUCGGAAUCGGGUUUGGCGAUGGCGCAUCAUUACGAGACGCCGCAUCACAAGAACAACCAGCAUCGUUGUAACUUUUGCGAAUUUGAGUGUAAGGCAGCGCACGAGAUUCUGUAUCACAUGGAGGCAGUGCAUAACAUCAAGGGACGCAUUGAGAAGCCUGUGAGUUAUCAUCAGUGUCCGAAUUGCUUGUUCGAGGACAAUGGCAAGAGCAAGUUGGCGCGACAUGCGUUGGCUUGUGUGAAGAAAUUCAAGCCAGACUCGAAUUUGGCACCGCCGCUGGAUUGGGAGCCGCCAGCGAAGAUACCGAAAAUUAAGCCGAAACAUGGGUUGGUUGGCACGGCGACGGCAUAUCAGAUGGCAGCGCAACAGCAACAGGCGCAGUUGUUGGCGCAGCAACAGAAGGCGGCAGCUGCAGCGGCUGCUCAACAGCGAAAUGCCGCAAUCGCUGCUGCAAUGCGCGGACAAACAGGCAGAGGACGCCCGAACAGCGUAACAAACAAAACGUCUCAAGGCACGGUAUUACGCGGGCAACCAAACGCCAAUUCGCCGUACGCCAUGACAAUGAGUCGCAUGAGUGGCGGCUUCCCAUCGGGCAACAACAUGGCAAGUUUGCAGUAUAUCCAACAGGCGGUGAAUCGCAGCAAACACAAUCAACAACAACAACCAAGUAUCUCAAUUACACCCGUACCACGUCAAUCAAGUGCUUCGUCGUCGUCAUCGGGCGCCCAUGGAGCCUUCAAUCCGGCAUCUGUUGCGGCAACGACAAAAAUUCCCGCUGGCGUUGCGCCCGGCAUGAAACCCGGACAAAAUCCCAAUUCCACAAACAAAACGUCGUUCGUCAUCUGCGAGAUUUGCGACGGGUACAUUAAGGAUUUGGAUCAACUGAGGAACCAUAUGCAAUGGAUUCACAAAGUUAAGAUCCAUCCAAAAAUGAUUUACAACAGACCACCAUUGAAUUGUCAGAAAUGUCAAUAUCGCUUCUUUACGGAUCAGGGACUCGAACGUCACUUGCUCGGUUCUCACGGGCUCGUCACGAGCUCCAUGCAGGAUGCAGCUAACAAGGGCAAAGAUGCAGGACGUUGUCCCGUGUGUGGAAGAGUUUACCAAUGGAAGUUACUUAACCACGUGUCACGCGAUCACAAUAUGACACUAAAACCGGCGCAUCUCUCGUACAAAUGCACCGUUUGCACGGCAACCUUUGGCAUGUACAAGCAAUUCGAGAGUCACGUGUAUUCGGCACACAGCACCGUCGCCAAGAAACAAAUGGACAAGAACAAGGGCAGCGGACAAGGCAGCAGCGGAGGCGGUUCGUCGAGUAGUUCGUUGUUGAAGCCGCUCAAAAUUAACGAUGAGAUUACGAUUAUUCCGCAACCGUCGAAGCCGACAAUUUCCAAUACGCGACCCAUUGAAAUUGAAUGAUCAGGUGACACGUAGAGCCGUUAGAGAUCGAACAAAAAUGAGGACAUCAAAAAAUGUUAACCUACAAACAACCCCGUUUAAUUUUUAUUUUAAUGUGUAAAAAAAAUCUGUAAAUUUUUGAGAAAAUAAUCAAUCAACAACACGAAUUAUGAAAGCAAACAAAAAGUUCCUCAAUUUUUGAAAGUGAAAUUUUCUUUUAUAAAAAAAACUUUGUGAAGCAGGGACGAAGACGCAAAUAAAACAUCUUUCUAAAAAAAAACAAACAAGAAAAUAUUAAUAAAAUUAAGUACUAAUAAAGAAAAAAAAGUAAAAAAAGCAACAACCGCAUGCACAGCUCUUGUAAAAUAAAUAGAUGAAUAAUUUUUAGUAAUACAAACAUUCAAAAAAAUAAAUAAAAUAACAAAAAAAAACGUAAUUUAUAUUAUUUAAAGAUAAAAAGCAGUUUAAUGAUGGUUAAAAUAUAUUAUUAUUAUUAUUACUAAAGGUAUGAAAAAAAUAAUAAAAUAGUUAGAGAAACAAUAAAAAAUAAAUAAAAAAAACGACAAAGUAGACAAAAUAGUGACUCUUUAGAUUUUUAGCCAGUAAGAAGGGAGCUCGUCGAGUUUGUUUGUUCAAACAACUCAAAAAAAUUUAAAAAAAAUUAAAAAUAACAAAAAAGUAAAUAAAAUCCUGUAACAUAUAAGUAAUAUGGACAACUUCUUAAUUUGUAAGGAAAUAUUUUUAUGACGAUCAAACACAAGAAUAUUCAUAAAUUAAUGAGAGAAACAAAAAAAAACAGUAAAAUAGUGGAGAA